UUGGGGCGCCCUCCGCGCAGGACCGCGGCCGGUUCUUCCAGGCGCGCAUGUUGGCGAAGGACGAUGGCGGGUCACGAGUGCGCUCAAGCACGCAGGCGCUGCAGGCUGCGCGUGUGCAUGGGGACGUACACGGAAGCCUCAGAUCCAUAUUGUCAGAGGCACAAUGUGCUCUUAGGGGUCCAUAGGACAAGUUCUGUCUUCUACGGAUCAUCUCGUGUCAGUUUGGAGGAAAGGACUGAUUCCUUCCCCUCCCCCCGGUAAAUGCCCCCCUGGAAAGGAAGAGCGUCUGUGUGCAGGCAGAGCCUGAGCUGGAAACCAAGAAGUUCUUGACAUCUCACCUCUGCCAGGUGAUCUCAGGUGGCCAUGGUGGAAGUCCAGCUGGAUGCUGACCACGACUACCCACCGGGACUCCUGAUCGCCUUCAGUGCCUGCACGACGGUGCUGGUGGCCGUCCACCUCUUUGCCCUGAUGGUCAGCACUUGCAUCCUCCCAAACAUCGAGGCCGUCAGCAACGUCCACAACCUCAACUCGGUCAAGGAGUCCCCCCACGAGCGCAUGCACCGCCACAUCGAGCUGGCCUGGGCUUUCUCCACCGUCAUUGGGACUCUGCUCUUCCUGGCCGAGGUGGUCCUCCUCUGCUGGGUGAAGUUCCACCCGUUGAAGAAGAAGACCGCCGAAGGCGGGAAGGCCAGCAACAUCACUGAGACCAUCUCCGCUGGCGAGGCUGCGGCCAUCACCUCAACCUCCAUCAUGGUUCCCUUUGGGCUAAUUUUCAUAGUGUUUGCGGUCCACUUCUACCGGUCAUUGGUAACUCACAAGACGGACCGCCAGUUCCAGGAACUGAACGAACUGGCCGAGUUCGCGCGGCUCCAGGAUCAGCUAGACCACAGAGGCGACACCCUCCCGCCUCCGGGCAGCCAUUUUGCAUAGAUACUCAAACUAUGAAAGUUUUGUUUUUGUUGUUUUUAAAGCCAGCCCAAAUGUUUCUACUGUGUUCUGUUGACUCCCUUCUUCAUGAAUUUGGCUGGCCUGGAAAGACAGAUUAGUAGUACUGCAUCCUAGCUCUCUAGUGCUUUUAAAAAUAACAGUACUGUAAUGAUUCAAUGUGCUGUUCUUGCAGUAUUUUGAAGGACUGGCACCCUGAGGUUCAGGUGCUGGAGAGGGGAAUUUGGAAUCUCUCCUCCUGCCGCCUCCUGACCUGUCGUCCAGAUCCUUGUCUUUCGACGCUGAUCCAUCAUGAGGGGAAAUGGACAUUCUGUCAGGUUGGGGGGUGGGCCUGUGGGGAGAAGGGAGGAAGUUAGAGGUUGUAAGGAAGUGCAGCAUUUUACUUUGACAUGUUUAGUAACUAGCAAUGUCCCGGGGGGGGGGGGGAGGUGUUUGCUUGUCAGAUUCAUGUUGUAGCGACCUGAAUGCAAACCUACUUGAGAGAAUCAAGGAGCAAUCUUUUGUUUUUGGCGUGAUCCUGGGUUUCUUAAAACCCCAGGAGACAAGUAAGAAGUGGGCACACAGCUCCAGGCAACAUCUCCCUGGAGGACAGAAAAGCUCUUAGCCCGAAAAUUCAGUUUCCAAGUACCAUGACUUGAGAGAGAGAGAGAGAGAGAGAGAGAGAGAGAGAGAGAGAGUUCUAGGCUGCAGGCCUAUUUAACUUUUCAGUUCUAUUUAACUCUUCAGUUCACUUGAGUUGAAGCAAAAUUGAAUACCGUAGGUAGAGAAACUGAGCACAUUGGCUUUAAGUUAGCAGAACUUAUACAGAAUUUGGCGUUCUUUCCUGCAAAACAUGGGUCAUCUCUGAACACAUUUUGGCUUUGUUUGUUUUAAAUAUUUCCAGCUCGUUUAUAUUCCAGGCCAGCACAUCCUAACUUUACUUACCUUUGAGUGAGCCUCUUUGAACGUAGUGAGCUUACUUGCACGUAAGCAUAGAAGAUUGUAGAACAGGGAUGGAGAGACCUGGCUGUUUAUUGGGCUUCAGCUCCCAUCAGCCUCAGCCAGCAUGGCCCAAUGGUCGGGAAGGACGAUGGGAGUGGGAGUCCAGUGACAUCAUCAGGAAGCCCCCAGGCUCCCACCCCACCCCUGGGUUUUUGGAGAAAGUAAGAGCGAUCCCCCCACCCCACCCCCGGUGUUAGAAUGGAGAAUACCAUGGCAGCAAGGAAUUGCUAUAGGCAGUGCUGUCCCUGGGUCAGAAGUUAAUUGUUCCCUUCAUUAAGGAAUUUGCAUUUUGGAAGUGUCCCAAAUUCCUUUUGAGUCUUGCUGCUUGGAGAUUUUGUUAUGCUAGAACUUUUAUACAGGACUCUUCCAGUGGCAGCUAGUAAUGGCAUCACUUGACCACCUCGGCAGCUGCACCGCAAAUAUCCAACCAUUUUCACUGCCUUGGUUAAAAUAGCCUUGGCAAACUGGUUCUGUUUCUGCAGUGUGUGCAGACCGUUGGUCCUGUGCUUCCCACCCAUAGAACCAAAGCCCUUGUUUACCUUUGGGAGAAAGUGUAUUUGGCUUAAGAGCCAAAGUGUUCUUCUGCCUGUUCCUGAGGGUCAGGCUCCGUUCCCAGCAGAGCUUCCCUGGGGGAACACUAUAGCCCAGAAUUAAAGACUGUUGUGAGUCAUUUUGGGGAUUUGAAAUGCAGUGUUUAAUUUAAAGCAAAGAAAUAAAUGCAGGAAAUAUACAGUACAAAACUGUUUAUUGUGAGGACCAUGCCUGUACACAAAUAUCAACACAACAAUCAUUAAAAAUGUUAAAAUUCAUUACAUGCUAUCCCAACGAAACCUUCAUCCCACAAAACAGGAAGAGAAGGAAAACAAGCAACGAGUUAAACAGACGAUGAAGGGGUCUUUACUUUUAUCAUCCAUAAAUCUUUCCCCGGCUUUCAUGGCCUUCAUCACAAAGACCGCUGCCACAUGGGCAAAUGCAGGAAACUGCCUUGUCACUGGGCAGAGUAGUUUUCAGUUUGGCGCAAUAUUGCCCCCUCUUCCUGGCAGCAGCUCUGCAGAGUCCCAGGGUUUCAAACAGAAGUCUGUGCCAGUCCCAGAUGGCGGGGAUUGAUGCUCUGCCCCUGAGCUAAGGUCCUUCCUUUGGACCUCUGCACAUGGUGCUUUAGAAAGCCCUUUGCCACGGGGCUUUUCAGCUCAAAAUAGGCAUGGGGAAACAGCAAGGGAGGCCAUGGUAAACAGGAAGAAAAUACGAAUAUGUGAUUGUUUCAGUUGCACAUACUUGGUUCCAGUAGGUAUUGUGGGUUGUUCCCAAAGGUUUGGCUUCACCCCCUGAUGACCCACAGCAACCUUCACCAACAUCUGGUGCCUUCCAGAUGUUGUUAGACCAGGCUUUCCCAAACUAAGGCCCGGGGGCCGGAUGCGGCCUGCGAGGCUUUUUUAUGCGGCCCCUGGCACCCCCUGCCGCCCACUGCUGCCGUGUGCUCUUAACGGCGCGGCUCCCCACUUUCAGGUCGCUGGAGCAUCGGAAAUAGCUUGUGCACAUGCACAAGCGUAAUUUCCGGCACACUUCUGGGUCGGAGGAGGCCCAUGCGCAUGCGCACAAGCUAUUUCUGCUGUUCCCGUGACCCGGAAGUGUGCUGGAAAUCGCGUGUGCACACGCGUAUGGGUGCACGCUCCCACGUGCUCCGGCCCACAGCACAAUUGGCGCUGGCGGCACUGGCCCUCGGCAACGUAAGUUUGGGGACCCCUGUGUUAGACUGACAUCUGGGGGUGGCUCCAGGUGGAGGCUGCCUGUGCAGGAUGGAUCCCUUGUCAAAUUCUGCCUAUAGCAAUUCCUUAAAACCACUUUUCCAGAGGGACCCGUGUGUUCACGUGUUGGCAGCAAAACAACAUACGGUGUUGUGGCUGCCUAAAAGCAACCAACACAUUUAUUAUGACAGAAGCUUCCAGGAACUGCAGUCGGCUUCGUCAGAUGCAAAACUGGUGUUUGCUUUGGUGUGCUGUGCUCUUUGAUGGCAAGAGGGAAGGAAGGCAGUGGAUGUGCUUUGUCCUUGCGCUCUCUCUCGCUCUCUCUCUCUCCCCCCCCCAAAAAAAAUUUACUGCUGGACUUAACAGGACUUUGAAGUGGACGUUUGGUGUUAAAAUUACUGCUGGACUCUCUGGGACUAAUUAACUGCUGUUUAUUUCUGCCUGGGAUGCUUGAAAGACAGUCUAGGAGGGUCUGGAGCUCCAGCUCAUCAGCGUUGCUGUCCGUCCGGUUUGAAGAAAUCGGGGAGUUCCACUUUUCGUUUUGGGUCUGUUUUCUCUUCCAAAGUGCCUUGCAUUUCCCCUCAGCAACUGACGAUACACUUGCUUUGGCAGUGUAUUCCUGCAGCAGGUUAACUUGCAGAAGUGAAGCACUUUUUACUCUUUUACUACUGAAGUGAACGCUGGAGUAAAGCUGCCCUCCAGAGACUGUUGGACUGCAGUUGGGGGUGGUGGGAACUGUAGUACCUGGAGGGCGUCAGGUUGAGGGAGGAAGUCUGCUGUAACCAUAGAUGUUUCUAGACUAUUCACUUGGCUCCAGAAGUGAAUAUAUAUUAUUAUUUAAAUAGCUUGGGGAAAUGUUUGGAUCAGGCACCCCCAAACUGCGGCCCUCCAGAUGUUUUGGCCUACAACUCCCAUGAUCCCUAGCUAACAGGACCAGUGGUCAGGGAUGAUGGGAAUUGUAGUCCAAAACAUCUGGAGGGCCGAAGUUUGGGGAUGCCUGGUUUGGAUCAACAAUUGGUCCCGAAAUGAGAGUACCUAAUUUAUAUCAUUUAUAUACCACUCUUUAAAACAAAAACAAAAAUGUAUGAAUCGGAUUCUGAUCUGUAAUUUGGCGAAGGGAAUCUGGCCCUCUAGGUGCUGCUUGACUACAACCGCCAUCAUCCCUGACCAUUGGCCAUUCUGGCUGGGGCUGGCAGGAGUUGGGAGUCCAUCAGCAUCUGGACAGCCACAUGCUCCCUAUCCCUGCAGUAAGGAAUCUGAAAGCUACUAGCUGUAUUUUUUUCUUCCUUAUGCAACCUCUUCUGUGGUGUCUUGGAAAAUAUUUUCAGGUUCUUUAGGAACAUUAAACUUUUGGAACUGAUGUGCGUUUACUUUUUGGCACACUGAAGUCUCUGUAUAGAAGUGUUUAUCAAGAAGGCUUUGAAAUGUAUUUUUGUGUUCUAUUUUUAUUUUAUUCUUAAGGGGCAAUCCUCAUUGCUUCGUUUUUGGAGUGUCAAAACACUGCUGUGCUCAGAGUUCUGGGCAAAUCUCUUCAGUGCUUGUGAUGGGAGCCUGGAAUGCGGGAUGUGUUUGAAUUGGAGGGUUAUUUCAGGAUGUGUGUGUGUGUGUGUGUGUGUGUGUGUGUGUGUGUGUUAUCAAAGUACUGUGUUCUUUGUGUGAUGGCGUUGCCUCUAGAAAAGGGGUGAGGAACCAGAAGCCCUUCAGGUGUUGCUAAGCUACAGCGCCCAUCAUUCCUGACCCUUGGCUGUGCUGACUCACUUACAUACUCUUUUUCUUUUUAAAGUCUCUAGCCCUCAUCGUUAACCAUAUUUUUUUUCACAAACAAAAUGGCCCUCAUCAUGAUAAGAGAGAUAAUGAAAAAUGCAAGAGUCGGAUUUAGAUAAAAGGCUCCCCACCUGUACUAAAAAAGGAGACACCCUAAAUUAUGUGCAUCUUCACUGAGCUAGUAAACUUCCCUAUGCAGGGCUGGAAAAAUACUUGAAAUCAGUAGAUGCCAGCACCAAUUUUUUAUGUACUCAAGUAGGAGGAACACCUGCCUUGCAUGCAGAAGGCUGCAGCUUCAAUCCCCGACACCUCCAGGCGUUGCUGCUUAAAACCCCAGAGAUCCUCUCCUGGGCAGCGUAGAUCAGGGGUUCACAAACUCUGUUCAGGUGGUUCUGCAGCAUGACUGUGGCUUUGUGACUAAAGACAGGAGGCGUUGCAUUGAAUGUGUAUUUUUAUGACUGCUUUUAUUUCCUAUAUACUGCAUUUCAUUGUAUUACAAUUUGCGUUCUUUGGAAUCAAAUCGCUAUACCAUUAAAUACAAUAUAUAAGGGCAGGGAAAGAGGCAAUAAAAUGCAAGUAAAACUCUUGCAGCAUUUAGCACAGUGGUCUGUCCAGAUGCUCUGCAAUUUUUAAGUGGUCAGGGGGCGGGGGCCAAUGAUGUAGACCAGGCACGUCCAACAGGUAGAUCGUGAUCUACCGGUAGAUCACUGGACAUCUGUGGUAGAUCACUGGCUCCCCCCCCCAAAGAAGCUCAACAACUUUGGCUCCCCUAAAAAAUGCUCAACAUUUUAGCCUUUCACCCCCCCCCCCAAAAAAAGAGGGCUUUCCUCCCACCUCAGAAAAGCUCAACAGCUCUGACCUGAAUCCCUAAAAAUGGGCCUUCCUCCUUCCUAAAAAAUCUCAACAACUUUGACCUGAACCCCUAAAAAUGGGGCUUUCCUCCUCCCUAAAAAAGCUUAACAACUUUGACCUGAACCCCCCAAAAGGGGGUGGAUCACUGCCACUUUUUAACUCUGUGAGUAGAUCGCAGUCUCUUUGGAGUUGGCCACCCCUGAUGUAGACAAUAUAGAGCUAGUUGAAGUGACUCUUCCUACGUUCCUUUAGAAGCCACCUGAACUCAUUCCAUUUCUCUCCCUCUCCUAGUGCUCUUCCGAUAUAUUUUUUAUUAUUUUUGUUUUUUGCAUUCAUGACAAUUUACCAACGAAGGCUGUUGUUAGAAUGUGGCUGGCGCUUGUGGGAUCCGCUCUGUGGAUCUCACACAUUCCUCUCCUAGGCUGGGUUUUGCAGAGAGAGCGAAAAGGGAGGAGAUGAGCCCAGGAGGAGAAACCCUCCCCAGCAGAGCAACUGAGGGACGCUGCAGGUCUCUUCCUACUCCCCAGAUUCCCGUUACCCAAAAGGAGAAGCAGGUGCCCAUUUUUUUUUUGCCGAACUUGCUGGUUGCCUGGCCCAACAACAACAACAACAACAAGGAAACGGACCCCUCUUCCUCCCUCCAAUCUCUGCAGGGCUUCAUCCUAGCUCUAUUUGUGUAGCUUGGGGUUGAAGACAGUGUUACAAAUGCAUUUUUUUUAGCUUCCUAAAGAGCUUAGGAGGAGUCAUGUUAGCCUGCAGCAAACACAACCGAAAGAGCAAGUUCACAGGACACACAGCCCAAACUUCCUGGAGAGGAGCUCGCACCCGCUUUGCUCUUCCCGGUCCUUUGUGCUGCCACGCUGAGCCAAGCCAGAGUUUUGGCUGAGCAGGUCGCCCACACGGAGCCUUGGGGUUCAGCCCUCUUCUUGCUAACCAUGGCCUCUAGCCAAGAGCAGUAGGUCUGCAGCGAAAUGGACCGGGGAGGAGGAAAGUGGCUGCUGACUUCUCUCCAGGAUAAUAAUAAUAAUAAUAAUAAUAAUAAUAAUAAUAAUAAUAAUAAUAAUAAUAAUUUAUUAUUUAUACCACGCCCAUCUGGCCGGGUUCCCCCAGCCACUCUGGGCGGCUUCCAACAAAAUAUUAAAAUACAGAAAUCCAUCAAACAUUAAAAGCUUCCCUAAACAGGGCUGCCUUGAGAUGCCUUCUAAAGGUCUGGUAGUUGUUGUUCUCUUUGACCUCUGGUGGGAGGGCAUUCCACAGGGUGGGUGCCACUACCGAGAAGGCCAUCUGCCUGGUUCCCUGUAGCUUUGCUUCUCGUAGCGAGGGAACCGCCAGAAGGCCCUCGGCGCUGGACCUCAGUGUCCGGGCAGAACGAUGGGGGAGGAGACGCUCCUUCAGGUAUACUGGACCGAGGCCGUUUAGGGCUUUAAAGGUCAGCACCAACACUUUGAAUUGUGCUCGGAAACGUACUGGGAGCCUGCAUGGAGAGAUCUGCACGGUCUUGCUAAGCCAGGCAACAGCAGCCAGGUAGCUUGGAGAUGUUUCAGACCACAACUCUCACCACCUGCCAAGCGAUGUCUUCACUGGUGCGAGUUGUGGUCCGAAAAAUCUGGAGGGCAGCAUGUUGGGAAGGCUGUAUGACUCACUGCACCAUGCAAUUCGGGUCACAGCCUUGUAUCGUAAAAUGUUUGACAGUUCAGUUUUGGCAGAAGCCACAAACCUGAUGUUUGAAGAGAAGGAUGCAGAGGAAAGAAAUAUAUAACCUUUCCUCAGAGAGAGUCGAGGCAAAACAAGUGAUGGAUGGGGUUGUCUGGUACACAUCUGUCCUCUGAAAAGGGAUACGGCAGGGGGCUGUAGCCAGCAGGGUGCCAGUCUUUUGGCUUCACUUUAAAAUAGUGAUUCACUCCUGUUUUCCUUCUGCAUGCAACGUAUGUGUACCUACCUAUCUGGGUCAGUGGCCUUUUCAUACACCUGAUGACUCUAUGAACUUAGAAGGUGCUGCCAGGGGCUUCUGUUGAUUUCAUUUCCCCUCUUUUAUGAUGAGUAUCAGGUGGGGGGCACGGACAAAAAAAGACUGUAUAAGAUACUGUAUAAGCUCACUCCCUUUUACACUGCAAGAGACCAGUGAGCCAAUACGGGGUGUAUUUUGAAGGUGUUGAGAUCAUCUUAAUGAGCUCUGCCUUCAGAUUAAGCCUGUAACCUU